AUGUCUGGAGUGACGACGAGAGCGCAGAAAAGGCGGAUCGGGGAGAGAAAUUUGUGGAGUUUGAUCGUGAAGUGCGACGAUAUUUGUUUCACACAUGUGCUUCCGAGAUUGAGUGCGACUGAUAUCAAGUUCUUGUACGGGGUGAAUACGGAGGCGAGAGCGUUGAUUAAGAGAUCGUCUCGCGCGGGUGAUUUGAAAGAGGAGUUUAAAGUUGAAGAGAUGUCGUCGAUAUCGACUUUGGAGUUUGUGUGGGAGAAUAAAUCGUCGUGGACGAGUUGGUGGACCGAAACAUAUUUCUGCGAUCAAGUUGCUCUAACGAAUAAACUCGAGUUGCUCACGUGGGCGCGAGAGGAGAAAAAGUGUAAGUGGGAUGAAGGGACGAUUAAAGCGGCCGCAAAACGAGGUAAUCUGGAAAUGGUACAGUAUUGCGUUGCAAAUAAGUGUCCUAUCAAUACGGGAGCGUGUGCAGAAGCUGCCCGAAACGGUCAUCUCGAGGUACUCAAAUACUUACGCGAAGAAGUGAAAGCGCCUUGGUCCGUGGGUCCUGCCCAUUGGGCGGCUUUAAAUGGUCAUCUCCACAUACUUGAAUAUCUUUUUGAGCGUAAAUUUGAUCAAUUUGACGUAUUGGCGUGUAGGAAUGCAGCCAUGGACGGCCACUUUGACUCUUUUUUUUUAAAAGCCGUACGACAAGCGCACUACUACAACCACACCGAAUGUUUACAAUACCUCCUCGACAACAACUGUCCAUUACCAUCCGGUUGGCGAUACGAGCAUGGAGAACUGCACACAUCGUAA